AUGCGGUGGUUUUUCCUAUCCAUCGUCAUCUUUUCAACUCAAGCAGAGAACCCAAACUAUUCUCUAAACUCUCUAAACACUCACCAAGAUCACCAAGAUGAUCAAUCGACUUUCGCUCGUCCACCAUUUCCCUUCAAUCUCCUCGUGAUUCUGCCAGCAAUUCGCACCAAAAUGAACACAUUUGGGAUGACAAUUCGAAAUUGCAAGCCAGUCUUUGAAAUCGCCGUCCAAGACGUUGAAAGAAUGGGUUUAUUGCCAAAAGGUUGGGCUAAUAUUACCUAUUACGAUUCUAGAUAUUGGGAAGAUCCAUCAUUAGCUGAACGCUGGUCAACAGUUGGAAUGAUCGAAGCCUAUAGUGAGAAGAGAUUAGACGCUAUCUUUGGAUUUAUCGACCAAUAUGGCUUAGCAACUGUCUCUAAAUCAGCAGCUGGAUUAGGGAACGGUUUCCCAGUCUUCACUACAGCUGGAAUGGCUUUUAUUCUAGGCAACGAUAAGAGUUUUCCAUUGCUUACGAGGAUGAGUGGUUCGUAUAUGCAUUUGGGUCUAGCCGCUUAUCACCUUUUUGCUCAACGAGCCACUGAUGAGCCUCGGCGGCCGCAAAGCUUAGAAGAAAUGAACUAUAUGAAUCUUUUAUUCAUGAUGCAUGAUAAGAAAAAAGCGAUGAAUGUGAUUAAAAGCGAUGAGGCGGCGUCUCCACAAUCGCAGACGGAGGAGUUGCUCAGUUCUGAAUGCUUUUUUGGGCUGCAAGGGAUCAAAGCGGUGAUGGAAUGGCAAAAUCCACAGUAUAAGAAAUAUUGGGCGAGCAUGGGCGGCACACCGUUUAUGGCGUUUGAUGAGGAUUUGGUGACGUCUAGCGAAACGUACACGCAAUGGUUGAAGGAUCAAUCGUUUCGGACAAACGACCAAAAACAAUUCCCGUUUCUCAUU